UAUACCUUAAGCUCGCCGCGACUUCUUGGAGCUGCUGUCCUGCGAGCCUUACGCGACUUGGCGCUCGGCUCGAUUUUUUUUUUUUUUUUUUUUGCAAGUACCCUUGGGACCAGAGGGUGGUGCGGUUCGUCCGAGUUUAUUUGUCGAAUCUCCGCGUGUAGGCCUUGAGCCGAAAAAUUCGAAAGUGUCGGCGAGACGAGCGGCCGCGAGUAAAUAAACCGAGCCGAACCGCGGACAGUGGAAAAUGUGAGCCGAUUUGCACUGGACAGUCGGGGCCGAUACUCCAAUCUGGACACACGAAGGGGCGCACCGCCGUCCCAGCCUUGCACAGCGAGUGCAUCAUCACUAGCAACUUGGCAAGCGACAGAGGUGAGGAGCGAUGGGUGACAAUCAAGCCGAGAAGGACAAACAGGACGCCCUGUACGAGGACCGGGAGCCGAAAAAGAUCAUCCGUAUAAUAACGGUGACGGCAUACAUGAUAUCCGUGUCGUUCGUCGGCAUGACCCUGAGCACGUACUACAUAUUCCUGUGGAAUCCGCCGAAUCCGAGGCUCAUGCACGCCCACGCGCUGGCCACGCACUCGGAGCAGCUCACGGACGACGGGCCGAGCUUCAGCCGGAGGUUCGAGGAGCGGCCGGUCCUGCCUACCGGUGGCUCCAUCGAUCUGCUCGACGCCGGGCUCAACGAUACCGAUACCAUGAAGCACCGCAGGGAGAUCGUCGAGAACGCCAACGCGAUCCUCCGGGCGAGCUUCGAGAGGGCCAGGCCCACCGGCGAACCGGCAUCCUCCUCCUCCUCGGUGGAAACGGACGACGCGCUGACCAGUACCAGCGCCUCGAUCCUGCUGGACAGCAUCAGUUCGGUGGACAAUAGCGCAUCACCAACAGGGGUAUCCAAGGUGACAAAGUUCAUAAGUGCCCUUCUCCCUGCUGGCGGCGAAGCGUCACCGGAGCCGGUGAUUAUCACCACGACGACAGCGCCAACCAAGUGGACCAAAAACCUUGGAAAGAAACAGCACCAGACGCCCUUUGCACUGAAACACCUCGAGGUGCCGAUCAAGUUUGACGGCUUGAGGAAGAGGCCCACGAAGACUAUGAUGACGACAGCCACGAGUUCACCUGUUUCUUUGGACGGUCAAGAAACUUCACGGGACGGAACAACGCCUCCGGUCCCAACGAUAGAGUCAUCAUCAUCGUCUCGAUUGCUGGACGACCAUAACAACAAUCAAAACCCAGCAGCGGCCUACCCCACCAGGAGCCUGUACAAGACCCUGACGACACCACCGAGUCGGAGGAUCGACUCGGAGUUCGAGGCCCAGAUGAGCUCCACGGACCAGCCCGAGCAGUUUCCCGGGAUCCUGAUGCAACAGCAGCCCGCCAACAGCGACGACUACAAGCAGCAGCAGGACGACGACUGACUCUACGAGAUCGAGGCUCGGCGCCGGCGUCGCCGACGUCGCUCGUCCCUCGGCUUGGCAGUUAGACGGGGUCGCUCGCGGUUCAUCUAGUCCUGGACCUCGCGCCGACAUCACCAGCGCCACAGGCGCGUGGCCUUGGAUUUUUUGAAAAGCUCGACGAGGAGAAGAAGAAGAAGGAAGUUGAAAGAUUAUUGACGCAGAGUGUGUGCCAAUGCUGCAUGCUCGAGAAAGAUAUUUAUAUGAAUGUUGUUUUAUAUGCGUAAAUAUGUAUUAUACUUACGGGACACGCAUCUCCUGCAGGGUACAUAAUUGUUUAGUUUAUCGGCGUUUAUUGUCAUUGCCCCGAGAGUUUAUCAUAUGUUGAGCUGUCCUCGAUUCUGUUGAAACUCGAAGAACCGACGUGUCAACGAUUACGAGGGAAACAAAAGUUUACUCUUGUCCUUGAUAUUAGAGGAUUUUACUUUCAUUUUUCGAAAAUACGCAUUUCUGCCUCACGAGAGCGAACUUGAUACAUUUCAAAGAUGUAUAUUUUACAAUAUUCUAAGAGUAUUGUACAAGUACUUCAUUGGUCUUACCGAUUAAGAGGUAAUUAUGAAUCAUCAGUUUUUUUCGCGGGUUUUUAAUUCAAUUGGCUUCCAAGAGAAAUGAAUAAUUUAGGUACGGAAUUGCGAAAUAAAUACACACAUACAUACAAAUAUGGUAAAAGUAUCGGUAUAUUACACUAUUAUAAUAUAUAUACAAACGUAUGUUAAAUUAUCCUAGAGAUCGUACAAAAACGCGAUAAUGUGCGGUUUUCAUUGUACAACAUUAUAAAAAAUAAAAAUUGUUUACCAUCCAAA